AUGACGCGAAGUCCAACAUGGAGAAAGUCAAGGUCGAUGGACGCCAAGAAGAACGCCGAGUCCAGCGUGAGCAGCAUUCAGAAAGAUGUCGAAGCCAAGAUGCCCGACAUCCAGGGCAAGCUUGGCAGCGCAGCUGCCGCGUGCAAGGACGCCGUCGUGUCCUGCCCCGACCUGGACAAGGCGCAAAGCAAGAUCGAAGAGGCGAAGGCGGGCGCAUCCGAUGCCAAGGAGAAGCUCGAGGGCGCAGUCGCGGACCACGCCGGUGCAGACAACAUCAACGAGGUCGAGGGCAAGGUGGAGGACGCCAAAGAGGAAGCCGAGGAGGCCAAGGACAAGCUGGACAGCGGCCUCAAGGACGGCCCAGCUUCCACGGGCUCCGCGGAGGACAAGGUCAAGGAGGGCGUCGCCAAGGUCAAGAGCGAGCACGAUACGGUCGGCAGCGCCGAGGACGAGUUGAAGGGCGCGAAGGCGAAGCUCGACAGCGCCAGCGACGACGUCAAGGGCAUGUCCGAUAAGAUCGACGACGCGAAGAGUACGGUGGGCGACGCGGCGGAUGAGCUCAAGGGGAAGGUCGAGGACAAGAUGGCAGACGCGAGCGACGCCCUGGAGAACGCCAAGGGUAAGCUCGAAGACAAGCUCAAGAACCCAGACGACGCUGCCGCAGACGCGGUCGAAAACAAGGUCGACGCGGGCGAAGACGCGGUCAAAGACAAGGUCGACGCGGGCGAAGACGCGGUCGAAGACGCAGGCGAAGACGCAGGCGAUGACAAGGUCGACGCGGGCAGCGCCCCGGUUAACAAAGACAAAGUGAAGGAGGCGCUCAGCAACGUCGAGGACGCGCAGACAAAGCUGGAGGGCGUGAAAGAAAAGGUUGACAAGAACGCGGAGGGCAUCAAGGAGAAGGUCGCGGGCAAGCUGGACGAAGCCAAGGGCCACGCGAAGUCCGUCGGCGAUAGCCUGCAGGAGUCGCAGGGCGGCAUCAAGGGCGUGACCGACCAGCUCGACGGCGUGAAGGAGAAGCUCGAGGUCGGGGUGCAGGACAAGCUGGAUGAAGCGAAGGGCCAGGUGGUGGACAAGGUGAAGGAGACGGCGGGUGACAACGUGGGUGAUACGGUGAAGGAGAAGCUGGACGGGGUCAAGCUCCCCCGAUGA